UUGUGAGUUUAAUGUACAGUUGGCUGAGAAAGACUUGAUAUCUGAAGUAUUUAUAUAUUUUUUCAUCUCUCUUUCUCUUUCUCUCUCUUUUUCUUCAUGUUAGUGUUUUUUUCGUUUUCUUUUUUCCAAUAGAACAGAAUAAUCUUUAACCAUGGAUAUACUUCCUUCAGUUAAUAUUUUCACCGAACUUCAAACUGUCCUUGAUACUGGAUAUUUGUCACUUUAUUCGUCGCUCGAAGACAAUUGGCAACAGACCAUAUUGGAGAUGGAAAGGUAUCUGAAAGAUUCACCAUCUCUUUCUCUACUGUCAUCUGUAUCUACAUCAUCACCAUCUCAAUCACCCUCGCCAUCCUUAUCGCCAUCAGCCGAUUCACCUGAUUCAACUGUUAAUAAUAAUAAUAAUUUUAAUAUUACUAAUUCAACAACAAUUGAUAACCUUAAUACAAAUAUCAACAAUACCGGUGAUAUCUCAUUGAAUAAUAAAAUGUUAAACAUCAACCAUAAACAACAACAACAACAACAACACCCUUCAACUACUCAAGUCACACCAGUGUUACCACCCUUGUCACCUUUAACCUCAUCAUCAUCAUCGUCAUCAUCAUCUUCAUCGUCUUCACUGUCAUCAUCUUCAACAACAGCAUCUUCUCUAUCAUCUUCCUCGUCACCAGCAUCACCUUCAUCAUUUUCAUCUGUAGUUUCCUCAUCGUCAACCAUAACCUCCAGAUCAACAUUAUCUUCACUUUCAUCAUCUUCACCAUCAUCUCCAGCCUCAUUAACAAUCUCAACCGUUUCGUUUGUGAAUUCAUCUUCAUCCUCAUCGUCAACAUCUUCAUCCUCUCCACCCUCAUCAGUAUCAUCUUCUCUUUCACCCUCACCAUCACCAACAUCUUCCUCAACUACUUCUCCUUUUUCACCGAUAUGUUCAAUUAAUUCAAAGUUAACUUGUAGUGAAGCCCGGGAAACGGGCCUACCAACCGCUGCCAAUGAAAAUAUCCUUAUAAACACCACCAACACUGCUAACAGUCUUAAUAACAUAACCAAUAAUAACAUAAACACCCACACAACGGUUACAACGACGAUUGGUUCAAAAUCAUCGUCGAAAGCCCGUUUCGAAAUCAACCCGGAUAAUAAUAAACGUCGAAUUCAUAAGUGUCUAUUCAAUGGAUGCAAGAAAGUUUACACCAAGUCUUCACAUCUUAAAGCUCAUCAAAGAACUCACACAGGAGAAAAGCCAUACAAAUGUAACUGGGAAGGCUGUGAAUGGCGAUUUGCACGAUCCGACGAACUGACCCGUCAUUACAGGAAACACACUGGAAGCAAACCCUUCAAGUGUAGCCAUUGUGAACGAUGUUUCUCCCGGUCUGAUCAUCUUGCUCUCCAUCAGAAAAGACACCAAUGACAUCAAAACAAAGCAUUAUUAUUAUUAAUAUUAUUAUAUUAUCAUUUUUUCAAGCUUAGAACACAAAACAACACAAGAGACGACAAAAAAUCUCUCCUUUCCUCUCUCUCUCUCUCUCUCUCCCUUCCCUUUUCUCUCUCUCUCUUCUUUCUCUCUCUACACAGAUUAUAUUAUGUCGAAUGAAUUUUCAAUUUUCAGCAUGCCUUAAAUUCCCGUGAAGAAGAAAAAAAAAUAUACAAAAUCGCCUUUUUUUUCUUGUAUGUUCUUGCAAGAGAAGAAAACAAAAAAUCCAAUGUAAUUUAAUAAACACUUAUAAUAAUAAUCAUAAUAA